AUGGCCACAAAUGCUCAUCUACUCAUUUGCUGCCGCGACAACAUGAAUAACAAAAGAAUCAUGACAAUUUCUGCUGAUUCAUCGCUGGAAACAUUCAUCCCUCAAGAUCUUCCACCUUCAUUCGGUAAUAAUUUUGGCCGUGUUAGGAUCAUCGGCCCUUCCAAUGGGAUUAUCUGUUUGUAUGGUUAUCCGGAUCAGAUUGUGCUUUGCAAUCCUUCAACCAGAGAAAUUAAGAUGCUUCCAUGUUCGCAAAUCACGCGACCCUUUGAUGGAAAAGUUCGUGGAGGCGAUAUAAUCGCAGCUGUGUAUAUCACGUAG